AUGAAACGACAAUGCCCUUCCGGCUCCAAGGAUGUCGUGGUAAUUGGAAGUGGCUUGGGUGGCUUGAGCUGCGGCGCUGUUCUGGCGGCUGCUGGUCGGAAAGUCACUGUGUGUGAAUCCCACUAUCGGUUGGGUGGCGCUUGCCACACAUUUUCCGAGACAGUCGCAGAUAUUGGAGACUUUCGCUUCGAGUCGGGUCCAUCCCUGUACAGCGGCUUGAGCCUGGAAGGAAGUCCUUCGCAGUUGAAGCACGUCCUUCAAAUCGUUGGCAAGGAGCCUGAAUGGAUCCAAUAUGACCGGUGGAAUGCCUUCUUGCCCGAGGGGGAGGUGAACGUUGCAGUGGGUUACCAGGAAGUAGUGAACAAGUUGCUCCCCAAAUAUGGAGGUCCCGAUGCCGUUUCUCAAUGGAAACGGCUCAUGGCCGAGCUCAAGCCCAUGUCCGAGGCUUUGUACAACAGCCCGCCUUUUGGGGCCCUCCGCGACGACCCCUUUGUGCCCAUCACUUUGGCCAGAUACACGAGGCGGCUCCUCCCGCUCUUCUUCGGGAUCCCUGGAGGGGCAGCGCGGCUGAGUCAGCCUUUUGAGGCGUUCCUGAACGAAGUUGGCGUGACUGACGAGUUCGUGAGGAACUACCUCAGUCUCUUCAGCUUCUUGCUCCAGGGUCUUCCAAGUUAUGGUUCGCCAACAUCCAUGAUGGCGUACAUGAUGGCAGAUCUGUACCGCAAGGGUGGCACGUGCCUGGACUAUCCCAAGGGAGGCUCAGAAGCUAUUGUGAAGGCGCUGGUUGAUGGCAUAUUGGAGACCAGUCCUUGUGGCAAGGUGCUGACAAAGGCCCAUGUGGAGGAGGUUCUCGUGGAGAACGGCCGUGCUUCUGGCGUGCGGCUGCGAGAUGGCAGUGUUGUUCGAGCUCGCGAGGUGGUGUGUGCCACGGAUGUUGGUGUUGCCAAAGGAUUGGUGAAGGAGGUUCCUGAGCUCCAAUCUUACUUCGAGGACCAAUGGUCAGGCUUUGAGCCUCUCAAAUCCUUCAUCCAUAUCCACCUGGCCUUUCGAGGAGAGGGCCUUCCACAGCGGCACUGCCCCGACUUUCCGGCCCAGUGGGGUGUGGUGAAUCACUGGACAGAUCUGGAGGCUCCGAGGAACUGUGUCUUGGUCAGCGUGCCUUCGCUGCUGGAUGGCUGUGCCCCGCAGGGCUACCACAGCUUGCACGCUUACACUCCUGCCACUGAGCCCUGGGAAGAUUGGCAUGGCCUUUCCAAGGAUCAGUAUCAGAAGAAAAAGCUGGAAGCCGGAGAUUUCCUAAUGUCCGCGAUCGAGCGCCAAGUUCCAGACAUGCGUUCCAGAGUUGUCUUUCAAAAAGUUGGGACGCCGCUAACUCACGCGCGCUUUCUGAGAAAACCCAAAGGGGCAUAUGGCUGGAGAGUGCUCGCAGGCUCCAACCUCCCAGGACACACGACUCCCCUUCAAGGAUUUCACUUGUGUGGCGACUCUACAUAUCCUGGCAUCGGAGUUCCUUCAGCAGCCAUGAGUGGGCAUAUCUGUGCAAACAACAUCCUUCCCGUCUCAGAACAUUGGAGACUGCUUGACAGGAUACCUGAGUGGCGAUACGAGCUUGACAUGUGA